AUGACGACCUGGGAGUUGCUGGCCGCCUGGGCAGAGUUCUUGCUGGGCAUAUUCGGGCAGAGGCUCCUUGUUCGGGGAGUGCCCCCGCUCGACGACAUCGGAGAUUCGCUGGAGGGCCGCACGGUUAUCAUCACAGGUCCCACCAGUGGGAUCGGGAAAUCGACAGCUGGGGCGCUGGUGCGGAAAGGCGCCAAUGUGGUUUUGGCUUGUAGAAACCCUGAGAGAGGGAACGAGUUGAGGCAGGCUUUGCUUAGUAAUGCCAAAAAGCUCAAGGGUGAGGGUGAAGGUCAUGCAAGCAAGGGUGAGAAUGGUCCAAGUGUUGAGGUGAUGCAGCUGGACAUUGCCAACCCUGACUCUGUAAGGAGCUUUGUGGAAAGCUGGAAGGCAUCUGGGAAGGCUGUGCAUGUGCUCAUCAACAAUGCAGGGGUGUUUCAAAUGGGCGGUGAGUUGGAAAUGUUGCACUUCUCAUACACAAGAUUGAAUUUCGAUCGCAAGCAUUUUGCCUGUGAUGCAAUGGCAAAUUUGGAUUGUGCAGAGUUGGGUCCAGAAUAUGUACUGCCCCUCAAACACACCGGACUAUGGCUGUUGCCCAGCUUGACAUAA